AUGGGUAUCAAAGACAAGGUUAAAAGAGCUUCCAAGAUCUUCUCAUCUGAUUCCAAGGAGAACUUGACUGAGACUACUGCCGCUCCAGAGGCAACCACUACUGACGCUAAGGACGCCACUGCAACGGAGGGAGAGGCUGCCGAGGCAGUUGCUGAGCCAGUUGUUACUGAACCAGUCGUGGCCACCUCCGUCGAGGAUGCCGCCCCAGUUGAGACUGCUGAGCCAGUGGUUGUUGAGCCAGUUGUUGAAACCACUGAGGCCCCAGUGGAAUCUACUGAUGCCGCCGUUCCUGCUGACGCUGCAGUUGAGCCAGUCGCUGCCACCGACGAUACCACCAAGGGCAAGGAUGCCAUCCAGGAGGUGAAGAAGUCUGCCGACACCAAGGAGAAGAAGACAGACUUUUUCAAGAAGUUGUUGCUUAAGUUCAAGAAGACUCCAUCUGCUACUGCUUAA